AUGGACCUAUUCUCUGCCGCCUGCGAGAACUUCGGUCUGGUCAUUAACACGCAGAAGACGGUGGUGAUGCACCAACCGCCACCCCACUCAGUCACAUCUCCCAACGCGCCGCCGCAAAUCAGCGUGAACGGAACCCGACUGAAAGUGGUGGAGAACUUCCCGUACCUGGGCAGCACCCUAUCCCGCAGCACUGAAAUUGAUGACAAAGUCGCUCGCAGGAUUUCGAAAGCCAGUCAAGUCUUCGGUCGCCUCAAAAGUACAGUUUGGAAUCAUCAUGGUCUCCAACUCCGUACGAAGCUGAGGAUGAACAAGGCCGUCAUCCUGCCGACGCUGCUGUGCGGAGCGGAGACUUUGACAGUGUGCACAAAGCGGGCACGCCGACUGAACCACUUCCACCUCAGUUGUCUUCGCCACAUCCUGAGGCUGAGCUGA